GAAGCUUCGGCUCUUCGGUGACCAUGUGCGGGCUUUCGAUGGCGCGGAUCGGAACCAAUCGCAUCGAGUGCACAGCCUGAGACGCCACAGCGCCGCCCUCGAACUGUGAGCCAUGGUGUUGAGGAGUUCGUGUAGCGCGAGGACCUCGGAGCAAUGACGUCGGUUGUACCUACCCAACCACGCGCCUUGGCAUUGAGCUUUGAGAAAAUGAAAUCCCGCCAACGGCCCGCUUCUACACUUCAUUCAUCCCUCACCGGACGACGUCUCGACAGAAAAGUCAGCGUCAAUUGGUCAUGUCGCGUACUGUUGAGCUAGGACGAGCUGUCCUUCACUCGCCCAGCGCAAAGCUCGACCUGUGGCUGACCACUUUGAUCACAAUCUUACCUCAGCAGAAUACAAUUAACCUUCAACAGCUCAGUUCACCCCCCCUUCUUGAUUUUCUAUCGUCUGGAAAUGUUUGGGUUGGGCGAGGGAAUGGGAUGUUUAUCGAGCUGGAUAUCUGCAUGCGAGGGGAAGAAUUGGGACGCGACCAGCUCCAAGAGUUGGCCCACAGUAUCGUCAAUGCCCCGGCGUGGGAGCAGUUCAACCUUCAACCUUCCUUACCAUUCGCACCCUUGGUCGACGGCAAAAUCCAGAUCAACAUUAGCCAUGCUCGGGGCGAGUCCAAUCCGCAACCGAAGAAAAGCCACCGCCUCGGCGCAAACGUCCCUUCCGCAGACGCGAAGCCACCGGAAGGCGUAUGUGCCCUUCUUCUCCAAUCAGUCCAGUUCUCCAUGGUCAUCGCCGAAGUCAGAGAUCGCGCACAGUUAUCGAGACACAAACGGACGAAGAGGAAAGCCACACAUAACCCAAGUGACCCCGAAGAUGCAGCCCUUCGGCUUGAUAGUGAUGAGGACACAGAUAUCCUGUUUCAAGAGGAUCCGGCCAUCGUCCAAGACCGGGACAGCGAGCGAACGCCUGCCAAAUCUGCUCAGAACAGAAAGCGGCAACGACCCUCAACUGUCCCGGCCAGAACAUGGAAUCCUCAGCCACCGUCCGGCCCUGUUCACAAUGGAAAGCGAAAGCGAUAUGUGACAAUUUCAAGCGGACUGCCCGCUGCCGCGUCCACCGCCUCAGCGUCAGACUCAGAUCACAUCCUAGCCAUGGUUGACGCCGCUAUACGACUCUCCGUAUGUAAUACUUUGGGAAGGCUGACGAAUGGGCUCAAGAUCAAGGCGAACACUUUCACCGAAGGGCUUGCUGAGAUAGCCCCAGCGUUAUGGCAUCCAGGGUAUCUGCAAGCAUUAUCCCAAAGAGCUCAUUUCUUUCCAACGCUCAGCCUCUCUCUUAGUCGAGCUAGGUUUAGGGCGAACUCGGCCACAUUACGGGCGAAGCUCGCUGCACUUCGCAGCCCUCUGCCUCGCCACGGGGAAGAUGGACUCUGCCUUGAUUCAGCCGACCUGUUUGGCGUGAACAACUCUUCCCCCUCUGUGGCUGCCCGUCUUUGGAUCCAUACCCAGAAGGAUCUACUCUCCAGGGUUUCGGUAGGGCAAUUACAGCCUUUCUGUGCUUCCAGAACGCAGACUUCGUCAGCGCUAGAUCUAGACGAGAUACUCGAGGAGUACCAAGCACGCGGGGAAGUACAUCCUGCUGGGGUUUCGCCAAAUGAACUUCCGAAUCCGGAUGGGCUCGGGUCCCUGUACGACGAUGAAUUGUUCGAUGAACCCGCAACCGGCGUAUCCGGGCAUAGCAGCAUUCUAUCAGCCCGGGACUCUUGUAGAAAUACAGAUUCAUUGUCAGCACCCCUCGACCACGAUGACGAUCUGCUGUUUCCUUCAAACGGGCCGGCUCCAAACCCGGGAAAGACCCUAAUCACGAGACGUCUUCCGAUGAACUCUGAGGCCGAAGGGACUAGUCAUCGCUGCUUUGCACAUAAACGUCUCAAUAUCGACUAUAGGUACCAUUCUCCAGCAGAACAGAAACAAAGAAACGGCAGCCCGGAUAACGAAAUGCUUUUCUCGCCGAUAGAUCCUGAUGAUGAUAUGCUAUUAGAGGGAGACUCCCGGUGCGGCAUUGGCAACGAGAACAACGGUGGGCUGGACGUCGGAUCAAUCGAGCAGAGCACAGCCACCAGAAUUCUUGUCUCCGCUUCAUGAACGUCCACUCCGUCAGAGUAUCCUCAUCCGCACGUACAUAAUUGAGAUCCGGUUAAAUCCCAUCCAACAUAUACCCUCCGCGGAGAACGGAGAGGAGCUUCUUCAGGAAUAGCUUACAGAAAAGGUUUUCGGUCGGUGUUUCAUGGACUCCGUGGGGAAAAGGAUAGUCUUCUGGUCAAGGCGCCUUACAGCCGGCCAGUCGUGCCUCCCUCGGCGCGCUCCCCGGUCAUCGGUCACUUGCGCAAUCGCUUCGACCCAACAUGCUCAGGAGUCAGGACACCUCCAGGGCUGUUGCAACAUUUUGGAUCGACGGUCUUCGCCUUUUC